AUGACAUGGUUCCUUGCAAAUUACGAAGUGUCCCCAAUUGGCCACCGGUUACCGGUGACCCGUUCCGGAGUGGCCAGUGAAUCCCGCGCCUUGCAGCAAACAUUCCCAAACAACUCCCGGAUAAAGCACACCAUCAACCCGACCAAACCGAUGCACAUCAUCAUUCACGGUUGGUUGGAUAACCCGAACCGGAACUGGGUCCAAGCAACGGCCCGUAACCUUCUGGAGCACCUGGACACAAACGUCUGCAUCGUUGGAUGGCGCAAUCUGGCCCACUACUACUACUCCCUGACGGCCCGUGUCCACACCGUCAAAGUGUCCAACCACCUGACCCAGUUCAUCACGUUCCUCAACGACCUAGGACUCCCACUUAAGAACAUCACCCUGAUCGGACACAGCUUGGGGGCGCACAUCAGCGGACAAGUUGGGCACAACUUCCACGGCCAAAUCGGCGCAAUCUACGGACUCGAUCCGCCGGAACUGCUGUUCUCCGUCGCCCGAGGUCUUCAGUUUCGGCUGGAUCGCAGCGACGCGCGGUACGUGCAGAUGAUUAUCGUCACCAGGAAUGCCGGCGGACUUCGGCGGCCGGAUGGACACGGGAACUUCUUCCCCAAUGGUGGAGUGUUUCCGCAGCCGAACUGCGUCCUGCCGUUGUUCGAAAGUGCUGAGUUUUCCGACCUGUUGUUCUGCAGUCAUCUGCACGUUACGACCCUGUUCAGGCUGUCGAUAGUGCCGGGCAACGCGUUUGUGGGGAGGGAAUGUGCAAGCUAUGGGGCGUUUUUGCAUAAACGGUGUGCGUCCGACAGGACUAACCGGUUGGGAAUCUACAGUGAUCGAUCCGGAGGGGACUUUUACUUGAAGACGACUUGGUUUUCUCCGUUUGUGAGUUCGAAAAAUGAACGGUUUCUUCCGAAAAUGUCGGUUUAA